AUGACUGAACAAAAGCAAUCAGAGGUCGACCUCGCGACCCGAAUGCAGGUCGACGAAUCCGUUAUCGGGCAUGGCGAGAUCGACGAGUCACUCUACAGCCGACAACUCUAUGUCCUCGGCCACGAGGCCAUGAAGCGCAUGGGUGCCUCCAACGUCCUCAUCGUUGGCCUCAAGGGCCUCGGUGUAGAAAUCGCCAAGAAUAUUGCCCUAGCUGGUGUCAAGAGCCUGACACUCUACGACCCGGCACCAGUCCAGAUCGGCGACCUCUCGUCCCAGUUCUUCCUUACCCCCAAAGAUGUCGGAAAGCCUAGAGAUGAGGUUACUGUCCCUCGUGUCGCUGAGCUGAAUGCCUACACUCCCGUUAAGCUGCACCAGUCCCCUGGUCUUGACGGUGAGCUCUCGCAAUUCGACAAGUACCAAGUUGUGGUUUUGACCAACGCACCCAUCCACCAACAAAAGGCUAUCGGCGACUACUGCCAUAGCAAGGGUAUCUUUGUUGUUAUGGCUGACACAUUUGGUCUUUUCGGCUCUGUCUUCUGUGACUUCGGCGAGAAGUUUACUGUUAUUGAUCCUACUGGCGAGACUCCACUUACUGGCAUCGUGGCAGGCAUCGACGAGGAGGGCUUGGUGUCCGCCCUUGACGAAACCCGACACGGCUUGGAAGACGGCGACUAUGUGACAUUCUCUGAAGUCGAAGGAAUGGACGCUCUUAACGGAGCGGAACCCCGAAAGAUCGAAGUAAAGGGACCCUACACCUUCUCGAUUGGCGAUGUGUCUGGACUCGGCCAGUACAAGCGAGGUGGUAUGUAUACGCAGGUCAAGAUGCCCAAGAUCAUCAACUUCAAGGAUUUCACCACAGCGCUCAAGGAGCCCGAGUUCCUUAUCUCGGAUUUUGCCAAGUUUGAUCGACCGCAGCAGCUCCAUCUCGGUUUCCAGGCGCUCCACGCUUUCCAACUUACGAACAAGCGACUCCCGAACCCCAUGGAUGACGAUGAUGCUAUUGUAGUACUAGGUGCUGCCAAGAAGUUCGCCGAGCAGGAGGGUCUUGAGAUCGAGUUUGACGAGAAGCUUCUGAAGGAACUGAGUUACCAAGCCCAGGGUGAUCUCAACCCUAUGGCUGCCUAUUUUGGCGGACUUGUGGCACAGGAGGUCCUCAAGGCUGUUUCUGGCAAGUUCCAGCCUAUUAACCAGUGGAUGUAUUUUGAUUCUCUUGAAUCCCUGCCUACAUUCACCAAGCGAUCUGCUGAGCUUUGCAAGCCCACCGGCAGCCGAUAUGAUGGACAGAUCGCCGUCUUCGGUACCGAAUAUCAAAACAAGAUUGCCAAUGUGAAGCAGUUCCUUGUUGGUGCCGGCGCCAUUGGUUGUGAAAUGCUCAAGAACUGGGCCAUGAUCGGUCUGGGAACUGGUCCUGAAGGCAAGAUCUGGGUGACUGACAUGGACUCGAUUGAGAGAAGUAACCUGAACCGACAGUUUCUCUUCCGUGCCGAUGAUGUCGGCCAAAUGAAGAGUGACCGCGCCGCUCUUGCUGUCCAGCGAAUGAAUCCCGACCUUGAAGGCCACAUGAUUACGAUGAAGGAACGUGUUAGUGCCGAGACCGAGAACGUUUUCAACGAGGACUUUUGGCAAAACUUGGACGGUGUCACCAAUGCUCUUGACAAUGUUGAGGCACGAACUUACGUCGAUCGCCGAUGUGUCUUCUUCCAGAAGCCUCUGCUCGAGAGUGGUACUCUUGGAACGAAGGGCAACACGCAAGUUGUCCUACCCCACCUCACCGAGUCUUAUUCGUCCUCCCAGGACCCCCCUGAGAAGGAGUUCCCUAUGUGCACUAUCCGAAGUUUCCCAAACAAGAUCGAUCACACAAUUGCUUGGUCUAAGGAGUACAUGUUCGAGAAGCUCUUUGUCAAGGCUCCCCAGACCGUCAACCUGUACUUGACUCAGCCUCAGUUCAUUGAAAAUGCGCUGAAGCAGGGUGGCAACCAGAAGGAGACUCUCGAGACGAUCCGUAACUACCUUACAACUGAGAGACCACGCUCUUUCGAGGACUGUAUUGCUUGGGCUCGCCAGUUGUUCGAGUCUGAGUUCUCCAACAAGAUCCAGCAGCUUCUCUAUAACUUCCCUAAGGAUUCUGAGACAUCAUCUGGUACUCCUUUCUGGUCGGGUCCCAAGCGAGCCCCUGAUGCGCUUAAGUUUGACCCCAACAACCCUUCUCACUUUGGCUUCAUCGUGGCCGCAGCCAACCUCCACGCUUUCAACUACAACAUCAAAUCUCCUGGAACUGAUAGGUCCAUCUACCUGCGAGAAUUGGAGAACGUCAUUGUCCCUGACUUCACACCCGAUUCUAACGUGAAGAUUCAGGCCGACGAUAAGGAGCCUGUUGAGCCGGAGUCAGGCAGCUUUGACGACAACGAUGAGAUUGAGAAGCUGACUUCUAGUCUUCCAUCGCCCAGCUCUUUGUCUGGAUUCCAGCUGGUCCCUGUCGAUUUCGAGAAGGAUGAUGACUCCAACCAUCACAUCGAUUUCAUUACCGCUUGUAGCAACCUGAGAGCAGAGAACUACAAGAUCGAGCCUGCUGAUCGACACAAGACCAAGUUCAUCGCUGGUAAGAUCAUCCCAGCUAUUGCCACUACUACCGCAUUGGUUACCGGACUGGUGGUGCUUGAACUGUUCAAGAUCAUCGACGGCAAGGAUGACUUGGAGCAGUACAAGAACGGGUUCAUCAACCUGGCACUGCCCUUCUUUGGUUUCAGCGAACCUAUCGCCAGUCCCAAGGUCGAAUACCAAGGACCAGAGGGCAAGGUUACCUUGGACAAGAUCUGGGACCGUUUUGAGAUUGAAGAUAUUACCCUCCAGGAGCUUCUGGACACUUUCAAGGCCAAGGGUCUCAGUAUCAGUAUGCUGAGCUCUGGCGUCAGUCUUCUCUAUGCCUCGUUCUUCCCACCUUCCAAGCUCAAGGAGAGAUACGCCAUGAAGCUAAGCAAGCUGGUCGAGACGAUUUCUAAGAAGCCUAUCCCAUCACACCAGAAGGAGGUCAUCUUCGAGAUUGUAGCUGAAGAUCUGGCAGAGGAGGAUGUUGAAGUGCCAUACAUCAAAGUCAAGGUUGCAUAA